UAAAUCAACUCCUUCUAAUAAGCCGAACAAAACAUCCCAUUCAUUAACGACAUGGCUUUCCUUUCAUAACAUCUCAUCAGUUUCAAACAMGUUWUGGUCUCGCUGAGCCGCCAUGUUCAAUUGAACUAAGUUUCUUUUUCACAGUAUGGAACAGAGUGUCAACUUCGAGUGAGAGUUYUGCAGCUUUCAAUAGUCUAUGGUGACAAUCUCAGUGCUUUCUCAGGUAAAAGUAGGAUUCAAAUGUCAUGCUGAUGUCGAGUUAAAUAAGAAUCAAUUACAAUCUCGCUGGCCGUUUCCUUACUCACAAACAAAUGCCAUCAGCUUGCUUGGAAAACAUUAAACAAGAAAAAAAAAUCGAAAAUGGAAAUUGUCCAACCUUUCAAAGAUUCAAAAAUUUGUUUCGCUUUCGUUCAAAACAUGCAUCAGAAUUUGAAUUGAAUAUUUUCAAUUGAAUGGAAAAUGACACUGCAAAAAGGGAAUCGGAAAUUUUUUCGCCAAAGAUUUCCGUUUAGUAAAGCGGUAUUUCACAAUCUGAGGAACACUAUACACAAGGCGUUAAGACACUGGCUACAUGCGAUUCAAUUUGUUUUAACAGUAUAAAGCAGCCCCGAUGAUAAUGCCGAGUUGGCAUCGUGUGUUUCAAGCGCUGACCAUCUGCUUCUGCCUAAUAACGUGGACACGAGAAAUAUCAAUAUCCUUACCCGAUAAGCAGCUAGGUGCAUUGGUCUGUGAGUCAGGAUCGACGGUGUACGUUGAUACAGUCUCGUACGGAUGUCCCGCCAGUUAUCCAUGCGCCAUAGAUAAGACGUGCCUUAACGAGGGAACAGCUUUCCGCCAAGUCCAAGCACACUGUCAGGCUAAAAAGGACUGCGACUUGAUACCAUCGCCCGCUCUGUUUAAUGCCAGCAGUUGCUAUGGGGGAAAUAAUUAUUUGAAUGUUACCUUUCAUUGUCAGAACAUUACAUUCAAAGUGCUGCAAGAAAACGAAAGUUACACGAUUAACUGCGGACCUAACGAUAAUGUAGUUUUAAAAACAAUAAUGUGGAAAGGGUUUACAGUUCCAAACGUCAAUAAAAACAAUGGAAGCCUGAACAACCAGACAAACCUGAAUAACCAGACAAACCUGAAUAACCAGACAAACCUGAAUAAUUGGAGCUUCCAGACUAAAUGUCCAGGAAAAAAGAGUUGUGAAAUCAGUGCAUCCACAGCCAUAUUAGGCGAUCCAUAUCCAGGAAUUCUCUCCAAGAAGAGAGUAGAAUUUGAAUAUUCAUGUCAGCCAGAGAAUAGUGGGUAUUUAGAAUGGUCUGCUUGGACAACAUGCCCUAAAGAAUGCGGAGUUCCGCAUUACAUACAGCGAAGAAGAGUUUGCUAUAACAGGGAUGCAGACUGCUCUGGUGAUWCAUCKCAAACAAAGAACAUACCAUGCUUCAAGGCAUGUCAAGCUCUUAACGCCACCAUCUGCGAGAACCAAACCCAAUUCCUCAUAUGUCCAAAUAAUACCUUUAUCAACAUUGAGAAAGUACUCGUGGGGAAGCAGGCUGAGAACUGUAACGCCACACCAGCUACGCCUUUGAACUGUACGGCUUCCAAAGAAACUGAAGAAUAUAACAGCAUAAGAACCUAUGAGCAAUGUCAGCAGAGAGGCAACUGUACACUAAACUUUACACUUAGUUUAUUUAAGGAUCCUUGUCCUGGUGAUAGGAAGUACCUUCAGAUAAAAUUCUCCUGCACUCCAGUUGUUGUAAGGACAUUUGCUGACAAUGAUUACGCGAAAGUGGAGUGUCCAAAAGAUACAGUCAUGAUACAUCAUAAAAAGGUCUCCUAUGGCAGACUAGAUGGGAACUGCUCUACUGUGAAUAUCCCAAAAGUAAACAAGAUUUGUUCGUAUACAGCGUGUAACGUCAAUCCUGUUAGUCUCGCAAAGUUAGGGGUAGUAAGUGACCCCUGUCCUGGAAAAGAGAAGGAGGUGAUAUUCAAGUACAGCUGUCAAAAAAGUGGAGCCAUUUACACCAUGUGGUCACCAUGGGGGCAUUGCGAGGCAUGUGGUAUGCACGCAAGAAGGAGUAGAACCAGAAAACUUAUCUAUGGAGAUCAAGAAUUGUACUGGGGAUGGCAUGGUGGGAAUCAUUUGAAAAACGCCAAGACUUGUUAUUUACCCUGUGAAGAACACAACGUUACGUCCUGCAACAACACUCUCGAUAUCACGUGUCCACCUUACACCAAAGCUGGAAGUUUCCCUACGGUUGUUGAAGUACGUUCAGUGGUUUAUGGACGCACAGUGGUUGGUGUUUGUCCAGCAAGUGGAGCUUUAACAAACUGCACGUCUUUGGAGACUAGUAAAAAGAGCGUCAUGGAAGUUUGUCAGGGAAGAAGCCAAUGUCUUAUCAAUAAUCUGACAAAGGUUCUUCGGGAUCCCUGUGUUGGCAAUCCCAAGUACUUUACAAUGCAUUACAGGUGUCAGCCAGUCUACAAAUUUGGUGCGAGUGAAUACAAUCCGUUGACCCCUAGCAACUUGAAAUGCUAUGACAAUAUGACAAUAGUGCACCACAAGGCAAUGUGGAAAGCCUCAAGCUGUAACGAACAGCCAAACACAAAUCGUAUAGUGAGGAGAUUGUGUGAUGGCAAGACAUCCUGCCAGAUUUCCAAAAAAAGCAACGACCUAGGUGGUGAUCCAUGUAAUAAACAUGUGAAGACAUUUACCAUGUGGUAUAGCUGUCAGACCGCGUCUGGCGGUCUUGACAGUGAGUGGGGUCCCUGGACUAACUGUACAGAAUGUGGUCUUUAUGCAACAAAAACACGCAAGAAGCCUUGUCUGAAUCCUGUCACUACAACWAAAGGUGCCCAUUGCCCCUUAGAACAACAAACUACAAAUUGCCUUAAGCCAUGUCCAGUUACAACGUUGGCCACGAAGGAGAAAACUUUCAACGUUGUCCUGUAUAAUCUUCUCAGCCUUGGAUGGUCAAUGGCGAUGGGUACUAAUGUUACUGCAAUUUUCAAUUGGGGAGAUUUGACGAACAACACCAUCUUGCUUGGGCAACAAGCCAACGCGACACAUCCUUUAUCCCAUACCAUUACUCAUAACUACACCCGAGAGGGCGAGUUUUCCAUCAACAUAUUUGCAUCUAACGUCCUUAAUAACCUGUCCGUYAACGCAACAGCGUAUGUGCARGUUAAACUCGAAGGGCUGAAUGUAACCGCGCCUAGUUUAUUAACCGUGAAUGAGACUGGGCAAUUUAAGAUGRCGUUAGAUGUGGUUUCCAUGGAACCGCCAGAAAUCACAUGGAAAUUUGGCGACAACAUUCCUUCAAYAAAAACCAAGAACUUUAGCAUAAACAACUCCUAUCAAGAGCCUGGAAACUAUACUUUCUUUGUCAAAGCUAAAAACAGAGUCAGUUCAUUAAAGAAGAAUAACAARAUARUUGUUCAAGAAAGAAUAUCRGGUCUUCACUUUAGCCAAUCGCUAUAUAAGCUGUCUGCGGGCGUGGUAACUAAACUGACACUGCUUUGGACCACCGGUAGCCAUCUGCUAAUCUACAUUUCUUCAAAUGAUGGAAUAUCGACAUGGAGAUAUAUAACAUUGAAGAAUAAAGCRCUUGGUGGGAAUACCAUCGAGCACUUGUUUCAGAAUGAAAGCGUACUYGAGAUAUGUGCUAACGCGUCUAAUAGUAUCAAUGCUGGUAGAGCCUGUACGAAUGUCAUCGUGGAAUUCCCUCUACAAGGCUACAAUGUGUCUAUUUUGUGUAAAACGAGGUUUAAAGAUUGCUUUACGGGUGAUGAGGUGACCAUAGAGGCUACAGUGCACAAUGGUACUCGCCCCACCAUCAAGGUCGACAUGRAUGAUGGGAAAAUAUUCACCGAGAAAACGUUUAACUUCAAGACAUCGUAUCGAUACACUCGAAAUGGAGAUUUCAAUAUCAAAACUACAGCUUUCAACAAUGUUACUGCGAAAAACGUUUCUAAAACACUCAAAGUCYUCGAAUUAAAACCAUUGCAAGGCUUGGACAUCAGCUGCAAUAMAUCAGUUAUACUUUCAAAUGAAACGUUCUGUGAGAUACGUUUAGCUCAAGGCACAGCAUAUGAAUGUGAAUUAACCUUCAGUAAAGAAGACAAGCGGAAUUACACUUACGAAAAUCCCCUGAGAGUAGCUUCGCAUAAGUAUCCUACAUAUGGUACCUAUAGGAUUACAUUAAUAUGCAAUAAUACCCUAGGGACGUUAUCAGCAAGGUACAAAACUGUGGUCACUGGACCUGAGCUUGGUUUGUCCCUAAGCAAUAAUGGACCUGGGUUUAUGAAACAUGCUAUUUUAGUCACCAUGAAGGUACGRAAUCCUGCCCCUGGGUCGUGUUUUGUUCUUGAUCUUGAUGAUGGAACCAAAGUUGCUUAUGGGAACACAACUUGCAGCAAAUUAUAUUACAAAAUGGAGAAGUCUUUUCCGAUAAUGAAAUUGAUGUAUUACAACCAUACUUACUAUAAAGCUAGAGUCUACACGAUUAGAUUUAGWGGRACGGACGGUUUGCUGAACGAGACUGUUACAAGCCCGAUAGCAAUUACCCAGAAUCCCUGCCGCAUCGASAAUAUUACUAUUACCAACAUCGCAUCAUUACAAUCAAAGGCAACAAGAAUUCUCAAGUCGUUAAGUUUUGUGAUACGCUCCAAGUAUAACAUCCAGUGCGAAGAUGCAACGGGUGCCAUGUUAACGUGGGAUUUGUUCAAACUGGAGAAUAACACGUAUGUUCACCAUAACAAACUAACUACAACUACGUCAAACUUGAUCGURCAGCCGCURAYACUURAWUACGGCAUCUACAAGAUAAUUCUGACGCUCAAGCUUAAUGGAGUCAAGGGAGUWUUUAUGUCRUGUAAAGGUUAYAUGGAAGUUACUAAGACACCCUUAGUGGCCGUGAUUCUUCAGGGGUCUGGUAUUUUAAGAACAAGCAGCCAGCCAAUCAAACUCGAUGGAUCAAAGUCACGUGAUCCUGAUAGGUCGGAGAUGGCCAAUGAUACAUUGACCUAUAAGUGGUCCAUUUGCAGCAUGCCAUAUAAGRCAWUAGAUCUCAAUSUAGAGCCSCUGACGUCRUURGCAUGCGCAAAUAAGUCUUGCAGCAACGUCACGMAGUCCUGUGGGGAGMAUAAGUACCAUUUUCCAGGAAGUAGYAGUCAAGUUAUCACAGUGUUACCAGAACUGUUUCCUGGAAUUACUWCGAUGAUGGCACUGCUUGAGAUUCAAGAAGGAAAUCGGGUAGCCACGGCGUUCACGGUGAUUCAACGAAUUAAGAGAGAUGUUCCAUCAGUACAAAUAAGAUGCAAGGAAAAUUGCAAAGAAAAGAAAAUCGUCGAAGAGGUGACUUCUUACACUUGCAGCGAAAAUUGCCUUCAAGAAACACUUCUCGAGUGGUCUUUUUUCAAACAAGUCAAAUCUACUGGAAAAUGGCAGCGAAUAAACAACCUCGCCUCGAUGUUGCUAUCCAACAUAARUAGCUCUAGUUUUGUCCUGAAGAACAUGGCCCUCGAAGUGGGWACCACGUACGUAGURAGGCUAACAGGAUGGACGCAGGGGGGACCCAUAGGGAUCACCGAGCAUCAAUUCACCACCAGUAUACCCCCCUUCGGAGGAAAAUGUGAAUCAAACAUUAAAGAAGGCAUUGCUUUGGAGACGUUUUUCACUAUUCGUUGUUUCAAUUGGACUAUGGAAACAGCACCAGCGUCGUACAAGUUUGGUUAUACUAAUGUAUACACUGAUCUUAAGGAUAUUUUAUAUGUUACUUCUGAUCCCGAGGUUUCCGUGCAGUUGCCCGCGGGACAUCCCGAGAAGGACAAUUAUCUGGAGUUUUCURCCACCGUUCUGGAUUAUAAUGGUUUUUCCGAGAGCCAUAAACACCUCUGA